AUGAGGUUCUUAAAUUACCGUAAUGGUGUAUUUGUGCGUAUAUUAGCGAUUGCUAUAUUAGUUAGUAUCUGGGUAUUUUUUUCCAAACCUGAGUUAUCAUACAUUAAACCGACCAUUGAUAUUAAUAAUAAAGAUGUUAAAGAAGAAGAUAUUAAAUUGAGUGCUGAAGAAAAAAAGGCUGAGCUUAAGAGAGUUGAUGGCAGUAUCAUGCCUAGCAUGCCCGAUUUAGAGGCCAAACAAGAAUUAGGUCGAGCAUCUUGGAAAUAUUUCCAUACAUUGUUGGCUAGAUUUCCAGACACACCAACAGACGAAGAAAGAGAUAAACUGAGUGUAUUUAUAAAUUUAUUUGCAGAAUUGUAUCCCUGUGGCGAAUGUUCGUAUCAUUUGCAAAAAAUGAUUAAAAAAUACCCCGUGCAAACAUCCAGCAGAACAUCAGCAUCCUUAUGGGGAUGUCAUAUACAUAAUGUAGUGAAUAAACAUUUAAAAAAACCUGAAUACGAUUGCUCUACUAUCCUUGAAGAUUAUGACUGUGGAUGCGGUGAUGACGAGAAGAAUAUAAAGUUAAAUAAAGUUUCAAUUAAUAAAGAAGAGAAACAAUUAGGAUGA